GAUCUGUCAUAUGGCAAAUCCAUCCGUCCGUCUUAUUAGGAUCCCCUCCCUUCGGUGCUGCCGCCCAAUGCCGUUGUUAAAAAGAACAUACCCGUCACAGGGCGCAAGUAGAAAAUUUUCAAUUACACGCUGUUGCAGUGCUUAUAAAUUAAGCCUAGCCCCGCUCGCAUUCCAUCUGCAAGAAGAACUACACAAUUUGCAUGGCACUUUUCGGACAGUAACUCGAACCACUGCCUCUACCAAUUCAUUUGACCUCCUCCAAACCCCCGAGCCUUGCUGUCCCUGAUCCCCUUCCAGAGACCUAGUUCCGCCGCGAGACUACGCGCAGGUGAUUGUGGCUACUGCGGAUUGUUCAAUCGACGUCGUGACCUCAUUGUUGAGUAUAUAUAAUGGAAACCCAGACCGUCUUGGCAUCGCGCGAAUCCGGACGGAGCUCGGAGAGCAGCUCCCUGGAUGCCGUCGCCAACGAAAAACAGAAGCUGGCCGCUCAUGACAGCCUCCCCGACCUGGACAAUUCGGCCUCUCCGAAAAGAUGGAAGACAUUCUGGAAGUCGUUUCGCUUUUUGCACAAUUUGAGUCCCAAGCAGGUGGACGAUUUCAUGGCUUCCUACGUCAUCUACAACCUCGACUGGUCGGAUGAGAAGCAGAUGGUUGAGACGCUAGGGCCGAACUAUCAGGAAAAGGUCGGUGACUGUCUCAAGGCGUACUAUGGCGUCCUGAACCAUCUCUGUGCGCUGGGCGACGUGGAGAAGAUGUAUAUUCCGCCUUUCAUGAGCAAGAAGGCGACAGUGUUGGAGAACCAGCUGUUGUAUGAAGAGUCGAUUGCGCAGGAUAUCGGACUGUCGCCGGGCGAUAAAGUGCUGGAUCUGGGCUGCGGGCGCGGGCGGGUGGCCGCGCACAUGACGCAAUACUCGGGCGCGCAAGUCACUGGUCUGAACAUCGACCCCAACCAGAUCGCUCAGGCACGCUCCUACAACGAAAAGCUCGGCUUCACUUCCAACUCCUUCGUCGUCCAGGAUUUCAACAGCUUGCCUCUACCAUUCGAAGAUGCCAGCUUCGACGCGUUUUAUCAGAUCCAGGCUCUGAGUCUAUGUAAAGACCUCCCGACUCUCUUCCGCGAGAUCCACCGCGUCCUGAAGCCCGGCGCCAAGUUCUCCUGCCUCGACUGGGUCAGUCUGCCUGACUACGACCCGUCCAACCUCGAACAUGCCGAACUCAUGAGUCGCGUGAAGCCUCUCAUCGGCGCCGUCGGCACUCCUACCCCUGAAAGCCUGGAAAAAGCCCUCACCGAUGCCGGUUUCACCGUCAUUCGCUCGGACAAUGCCAGCGUCGGAGGCCUGCAGGCUCCCCUUAUCGAGAAGGUCGAUUUCUAUUUCCGGUCGAUGCGUCAGCUCAUCCUGGGGCUCGUCAAGGCCCAUAUGUUGCCCAAGCACUUCAAGACCCUGAUCAACCGCCUGUGUCUCGAUGGCGAAGCGUUCGUGAAGAUGGACACCAUGCGACUAGUGACGACGAGUUACCGCAUCAUCGCGCAAAAGCCUCGUCAAUAGAAUAUCGCGCGAAAAGGGUAGGAGCUUCAGGGUGUCAGAAUAGGCUCUGGUGGUUUUGCAUCCGCUUGGUGAAGCAUUAGUUCUCA